AUGACUUCUCCAAGUUCAGAUAAAGCUGCCAGGCCCAUUUCUAAUGCCAACGCACCUCUAGGUCCAUCAAACGAGGAGACUUUGUCUCACGUUCUUGGGACAGGCUCUGGCUUCCCCCUCCAUGUUACUGCCACUGCUGGGUUGAAUAAUUCAGAUCUUGCAGAGUCCGCACCACAAACACCCGAAGAUGUUCUUCCAAGGGACAUACAACUCAAGACGCCAACAUAUGACUAUGCCUUCGAGAAGUCCAUGAGCCAUACUGAAGCAAAGCUUUUUUACCAGCACCAUCAGCUCGCCAAUCGAAACGUUGGAGACGGCGAUCAACUCUCCAAGGCAGCUGCACCAACUACUACCUGUGUACCGACUCCUCUGACCCAAAGGGAUCUUGUUGACACGGCAAUCAUCCCCAGAGAUGCCAUGCAAUCUACAAUUCCCGCAAUAGCCAAACAGCCAUCGCCUAUUGUUCGGCAGACAGCUGCAAAUACAGACACUAGCAACACACCUUUCGGUAGCCCAGAAAAUGAGGACUCAGAAAAGCAGAGAGCUUCCGAAGCACCUUCUAUUUUUCAGUCUUUCAUCGAGCAGCACACCUUGUCAGGAACAAGCAGUCUAGGAAAUCCAGGAGAUGGGCUCGGCGCAGUCCAAGGCAUCAUGCAUAUUUCGCCAGGCGCCAAUGUGAUAGCCUCAGAUUUGGAUGUCAUUUGUCGUAAAAUCAAGAGCCUGCUUGAUCGAAGGGCCAGAUAUAUGCAUCUAUCGUUGCAAGGGCCCGAAAACAAUCCAAAGGAUAGCCCGGAUUGGCAAAUUUACCCCCCACCCCCAGAACCGGCCUGGGAUGAUGACAAGGACCUUGGGAAGAUUCACGAUCGCCCACGUGCUGACCACAAAAGAAGAAAGAUGGGUGAAGAUGUGGGCGAGGAUUUCGAUAUGGCUGACUGCCUGCCCCUUCCUGGAGAAUCGGACUGGGUCUUCGAGUUGGACGAGAAUAGUGUAUAUCAGGUUUAUGAGGGCGAUUCUGCCCGACAUUCCCGACGACCAGUGGUCAGAAUCCCUUCCUUAAGAGAUUUCUACAUGGACCUUGAUGCAGUUACUGAUAUAUCGACGGACGGACCUGCGAAAAGCUUUGCUUUCAAACGACUCUCCUACCUAGAAGGGAAAUUUCAACUGUAUACACUUCUAAAUGAGUACCAAGAAAUCGCCGACAGCAAGAAAGUGCCUCAUAGGGAUUUCUAUAAUGUUCGGAAAGUCGAUACACAUGUGCACCACUCCGCGUGCAUGAAUCAGAAGCAUCUCCUUCGUUUCAUCAAGAGCAAGAUGAAAAAGUCCCCAGAUGAGGUUGUAUUGUUCAGGGACGGGAAACAUUUGACACUAAGGGAAGUAUUUGAGAGCAUUAAUCUCACAGCUUAUGACCUCAGUAUUGACACCCUGGACAUGCACGCACAUACCGAUUCAUUCCACCGGUUCGACAAAUUCAACCUCAAAUACAAUCCUGUGGGCGAAUCUCGCUUGCGCGAAAUCUUCUUGAAGACGGACAAUUUCAUCAAAGGACGCUAUUUAGCUGAAAUAACGAAAGAAGUGAUCUCCGAUCUAGAAUCAAGCAAGUAUCAGAUGGUGGAGUGGCGCAUCUCAAUAUAUGGGAGAUCAAUCGAAGAAUGGGACAAGCUCGCGGCUUGGGUCGUGGAUAAUAAAUUGUUCUCCCCAAAUGUUCGCUGGCUAAUCCAAGUCCCUCGUCUCUACGACGUCUAUAAAUCAAGUGGAAUGAUGCAAAAUUUUGAGCAGGUCAUAACGAAUGUCUUCAAGCCGCUAUUCGAAGUUACCAAGGACCCGGCUUCGCACCCUAAACUGCAUAUCUUCCUCCAGCGGGUUGUUGGAUUCGAUAGUGUCGAUGACGAAAGUAAGGCCGAGCGACGACUAUAUCGAAAGUAUCCCAUCCCGAGAGAGUGGAACACGAAGCAGAAUCCACCAUACAGCUACUGGAUUUACUUUAUGUUCGCCAACAUCGCGUCUCUGAAUACUUGGCGUAAGCGGCUUGGUUAUAACACAUUCGUGUUAAGGCCACACUGUGGUGAAGCGGGUGAUCCGGAUCAUCUUGCAGUCGGAUUUCUCUGCUGCCAUAGUAUCAGCCAUGGAAUACUAUUGAGGAAAGUCCCUCUGCUUCAGUAUCUCUUCUACCUUGAUCAGAUAGGGAUCGCGAUGUCACCUCUCAGUAACAACGCACUGUUUCUGACAUACGAUAAGAAUCCAUGCGCCAAUUUCUUCAAAAGGGGACUCAAUGUCUCCUUGUCUACUGAUGACCCCUUGCAGUUUGCUUUCACCAAAGAACCACUGAUCGAAGAAUACUCAGUAGCCGCGCAGAUAUAUAAAUUCAGUGCUGUCGAUAUGUGCGAGCUUGCGAAAAAUUCCGUCGAGCAAAGUGGUUUCGAACUGUCUUUGAAGAAGAGAUGGCUCGGCAGCAACUGCUCCGCACCAGGGGUCAUGGGAAACAAUGUCGCCAAGAGCAAUGUUCCUGACAUUAGGGAACAAUUUAGGCAUGAAACAUUGCUUGGUGAACUUGCACUGUAG